ACAGCAUACAGGGGUAUGGUUCAGUAUGAUGCGGAUGAGAAGCGAAUGAUCAGUGCUAUGUGGGCAAAGGAUGAAGACAUCAGCAGGUUUCUCAGGUCCUUGCCAAGUUGGCAGGUUCUGCAGCCAAUGGAGGGCCAGGACAUGAACCAGGCGAUGUGUUCAGAGGAGGAGAUGAGGACCCUGAACUCUAAGGAGGUGAACAUCCUCAUUAGUAACCUGUCUUCAUCAGACUCUAUGAUCCCUCAGCAGGAGAUCAUCACAGACGCCACACAGAUGAGGACCAUUGCUAACUACCAUCAGAGUCUC